UUCAAUUGAUCAUGCAAUCCGGAAAGCCAUUGGUUACGAAGCUCCCAAUCUCAGCUACCGUAUACGAGCUAAAGGCUGAGCUUCAGAGCCUUCUCAAUAUUGAGCCGGAAACAUUGGAGAUUUCUGCAUCUGAUGUAACGUGUGCCGAUUCAGAUCUUUUAAUAGAAGUUGUUGGUCUAGGCAAAAACAAACAAAUUAAGCCGGUUGUGUCUUGCUAUGAAGGCAACAAUUUUGUGGGCUUGAUACUAUUUUCCCUUGGGGGCGAGGAUUUCGCCGAUCCAUUAGUCGAUAAUUCGGUGUCAGACUCAAGUAUCGAAGAUAGUGAAUCUUCCGUCAUUGAGCUAUCCUCGGGAUCUAGUGGCGGAUCCGUCCAGCCAUCCACUAUUGAUUGCAAGCGAGGUAUUAAACGAAAAGCCCAAGGACAUGAAAUAACCAUAGAGACUAAACGGAUCAAAUAUGUUCUCGAAUCCAGUGAGGAGAGUCUAGAAAACUACUCGUAUGGAGAUAUGCAGGAGGCAUGCGAUAUGGGAGGCUGCGGAAUAAAGUCCCGACCACGCCCGGUUAAACAUGUAAUCGAAAUGGAACCUGAUGUUAUAAAUGGUCAGCGGCCCCCGUACGUUAACAUUCUCCCAGAGAACAGGCCGUUUGUCGUGGUUAUAUCUUCCUCAAAUGUGACUCCAGACACUGAGUACAAUGGGCGGCUGUACAUUGCAGCGGCCAAUGAGGAUACGAUGGACUGGGUGGCGGGCAACGUAUGCUCCAUGGAGACAUAUCAGGCCACCAGUCUCAUAGACUUCCUACACCUGACACCGGCCAGAGUUACAUGGCCAAAGGUCGAGAAGUGUUUCCAAGCAAUUUUCGAGCUUCUGGAACAGCAGAAUGCUGAUAUUACGACGGAGAAGUGGGCCGUGGUGAGCCGCAAAGAUGCAGCCCCCAUAGUGACAGAUAUUUGUCCAAAUGAACAGCUUGAGAUCUGGAUGGAUGCAGAGAGUGUGGACAUCAUCAAGGAAAGAUGCAACAGCCUCAAAUUUUGUUACAAUUGCGGCAGUCUCAUUUGUCUGCCGAUUAAUCUGACUGGCAACGAUAGUUUGUCGUAA